AUGGCCACCACCACUAUCACCGAAACCACUCGAGCUUCAAUCACUGGCAAGCGCAAGCGAAACCAAGUCUCGUACGUUGUCGAUUCGUACUUCGAUGACAUGGAUCUGGACGACGAGGAUGCGGAAGUCGAGGAGGAAGACGAGGAUGAUGCAGCUCAGAGUGAGGACGACGACACGUAUGGUACAGCGAAGAAGCGAGGCAAGACUCCGGCCAAGAAGAAGGCGAGGCUCACAGUCAGCAAGCCAAAGAAGACCAAGAGUGUGCCACCCUUCCGAUUCCUCGAUCUGCCGGCAGAACUGCGCGAUGCAAUCUAUGAUCUAGCCUUGACCGAACCUGACGGGAUCACUCUGGUUCCGAAGACAAAGGAUUACCGACGCACCGUGACUCGAGGACCGAUUACCACACAAGACGACAAUCACUAUUACGGACGUCGCAUUCCCCGUCGCCGUCGCUACUAUUGGGGCCUCAGCAGGAACAACAACAGUGACUCCCAGACAACAGUGAUUGGAAAGCCUACGCGGCAACUCGUACCAAACCUUCUGGCCGUGAACAAGCAGAUUCGUGACGAGGCCAGCAGCAUCCUCUACAAGCAAGAGAUUGUGAUUGAGAGUACCACCGCUCUCCACGUCUUCAUUGCUCAGAUCGGUCCCUACAACCGGCAGCUGCUCUCCGACAUCACUAUCAAAGGCUGGGGUUCAGGUCGUGGUGUCCACAAGGGCCAUAACUUUGCUGCUUUAUCCAUACUCUCGACCUGCACCAACCUCAAGUCCCUGUUCAUCGAUUGCACUGUUGGCUGGCUCCGUGGUCCACAGCAGCUCGCUCGUCAAAUCUUCCGCGACGGCCACUACUUUCUGGAAGCGUUUGGUGCGGCAAAUGGAAGAUACGAUGCUGCGGUUGAUAUUCUGCGCUUCGACGAUGAUUGGCAGUUCAACAAGAAUGCCCGGGGCCGGUAUUACUGGGAAACCCCGGCAAGUCAGGAUCGCGAAGCUGAUCCGGCCAAGAAGAAAGAGUUCGUGGACGAAUUGCGAAGUUUGCUGCGUCGUAGAAAGUGA